CAUGUUCAUUAGGCAAAAUAUUCUAACUUUUUACUCUGUAUAAAACAACAUUCGACAUUUCUCUGAGUUCAGAGUCCUUAUCAAACUAUUGUCCCGCAAAAACAAUGGCAGGCAAUACAAGUGUUGCAGCACAACAACAGCCGAGAAGACAAUUUAGCCUAGUAAGAUGCGUGGCCACUUGCUUGCUAGCCCUUAUAGUUCUUGUCGGUCUAGCCGUGCUGAUCGCUUGGCUAGUCAUUAGUCCAAAAAAGUUGGUUUACACACUUGAAAAUGGUUCAGUCCAAAAUUUCAACCUAACCAAUAACCAUCUCAAUGCCACAUUCUAUUUUGUUCUUAGGGCAUUUAACCGUAACCGCAGAAUCUCUGUCUACUACGAUUACAUUGAGUCCACAGUAACAUACGAAGAUCAAACCCUGGCGUUCAACACCGUCGAUCCCUUCUUCCAACCUCAUAGGAAUGUGAGCCGAAUCAAGCCGAAACUCGUGGCUUUAAAUUUGGCAAUGUCACCAUCAACAUCUAAGGAUCUCAUGAUCGAGAAAGCAUCAAAGGAGAUUCAAGUUGAUGUUCAUUUUAAGGCAAGGAUUCGGCUUAAGGUAGGUACUUGGAAGUCCAAUCGUCGUACUCUGAGGAUUGUUUGUUACUCAGUAACGGUGCAUUUGUCUUGGUACAAACAUUUUGACAGGGUACCAUGUGAAGCAGAACUUUAGUUAAGAGUGAUGUUUUAGGACAAUGACUUUUCUUUUCCUGGUUUUAUUUGUGAUUUUCCCAUUCUCUUCUACAUGUCUGAAUUGGUGUCCAGGGUUGCCAUUUUGUCUCUUCCAUGCUAUCCUCUUUGUUUUCCUCUUUGAUUAAUAUGGUGUGAAAAUUGUUCUUUUUACCUCCUACUGCUAUAAUAAAACUUUGGGUAUGUAUAA